AUGCUAUUCGCUCCACCAAAUUUAGAAACUAAAGAGUUAUUUUGGAUUAUAUAUAUUUUAAUCCUUAUACCAAAAGUAUUCGCUAAAGUAAUGUCUGUAAGAGAAUUAUUUCCUUUUUUUAAAUGGGGAUUUAAUAUAAGAAGAUCAAAUUUUUUAGUACCAAUUCUCAGUAAUAACGUUAUUGUUACUGGAGAAGAGGCAGUACAAUAUGAAAAACCUUUACCUUAUAUACCUCAACAUAAUCAACAACAGCAACAAAAACAACAACCAUCACAAGAUUAUAUACAGCAACCACAAAACGAUAAUAAUAUAAAUAGUGGAAAAGAACAAGAACAACAACAACAACAACAACAACAACAACAACAAACACCAGAUAUUACAAAUCAACCAACAAAAACUAAUAAAAAAAUACCAAUUAAAGAAUUAAGUAAUGAAGAAAUUUUAAUUAAAUUAGAAAAAGGUGAAGUAUUGGCAUAUAGAUUAGAAAAUGAAUUAGGUGAUUGUUCACGUGCAGUAGAGAUUAGAAGAAUGUUGUUAGAGAAACAAUUAUCGAAAAAGAUUGAACCAAUUCCACAUGAAGGUUUUGAUUUUGCAAAGGUUCAAGGACAAUGUUGUGAGAAUGUUAUCGGUUACGUACCAAUACCUGUUGGUACCGCUGGCCCAAUUCAAUUGAAUGGACAAUUGGUUACAAUUCCAAUGGCAACAACUGAAGGAUGUUUAGUUGCCUCAACUCAUCGUGGUUGUAAAGCAAUCACUGAGAGUGGUGGUGCAAAAUGUACAAUCACAUCACGUGGUAUGACUCGUGCACCUGUCGUUAGAUUUAGUGAUAUCGUUAAAGCAUCAGAAUUUGUAUCUUGGAUCAAUGAUACUGAUAACUAUCAAGCUUUAAAGGCUGUUUUCGAUUCAACUUCACGUUUUGCACGUCUUUCCGCUAUUAAAUGCACAAUUGCUGGUCGUUCAGUAUAUAUUCGUUUCAAAUGUGACACUGGUGAUGCCAUGGGUAUGAAUAUGGUUUCCAAGGGUGUUGAGGCCGUAUUGGAACAUUUAAAGAUCAUUUUCGAUGAUAUGACACUCUUAAGUAUUAGUGGUAACAUGUGCACCGAUAAGAAACCUUCCUCAAUCAAUUGGACCGAAGGUCGUGGUAGAAGCGUAGUUUGUGAGGCCAUGAUCACUGGUGAUGUCGUUCAAAGAGUUUUAAAAACAAACGUUCAAGCAUUGGUAGAUUUAAAUAUCGCCAAAAAUUUAAUUGGUUCAGCUAUGGCUGGUUCAAUUGGUGGUUUCAAUGCUCACGCUUCAAAUAUCGUCACUGCUAUCUUUUUAGCAACUGGUCAAGAUUGUGCUCAAAAUGUUGAAUCUUCAAAUUGUAUCACCCAAAUGGAGGCUUGUAACGAUGGUCAAGAUCUUUAUAUCACUGUCACUAUGCCUUCAAUUGAAGUUGGUACAGUUGGUGGUGGUACUUCAUUACCUGCCCAAUCUGCUUGUUUAGAUAUCAUUGGUGUUAAAGGUUCUUCAUCAAGUAAACCGGGUGCAAAUGCUGAUCAAUUAGCUAAAACUAUUGCUUCUGCCGUUAUGGCUGGUGAAUUAAGUUUAAUGUCUGCAUUAUCUGCUGGUCAUUUAAUGAAAUCUCAUCUUCAAUAUAAUAGAGCAAAAACAAAUUAA